AUGCGAGUCACACCUUGGAAAUCUAUAAAUGAGCUGCAAGAACUUAAGGUUUGGUUUUACCCUAAUAAAUUUGACUCUAGUUCAGAUUUACGUUCCCGCGGCAUAGCGAGAGUUAAGGCAUAUUGGACAAGAGGACCUUACGUCCCACAUGCAGUGGAUGCAACUUCGCAGCUAGUGGCCUGCCAGAUCUUUGACGAUAAUAGCGCUCCAGUAGAUGCGGUAAAACUGAGUUAUACAUUGGCGUUAAUCAGGUUCGUCAAUGGGAUGCUCGAUCCCACACAACAGUCGCAAUUUGCCAUUCCACUGCAUACUUUGGCUGAAUUGAACGGCUUACCAAGCUGGUUCGUCGAACUCAGACAUGCAGGUACGCAUGAACGUGAUAUGAUAAGCUUAGAAAUGCUGAGAAUGGGAUGCAAAGAAGCUUUGGACUGGCUAUGGGAGCACUAUUGGGACAGUAACGAGGUAAAUGAUGAUACAGAUUCUCAGAAGGCUAAUACAGAAGAAGACCCUAGUGACCCUGCAAAUAUUUCUAAAGAAGACAAUGCAUAUCUCAAGAAGUUAACUCUGUUAAUCUCGUCAUACAAGAGUAUGAAGAGGAAUUUCAAAGAAUACGACUACUUAUGGCAAAAUGGCGCUAUUAUUCCGAGUUCUUCCUUUGGGGGUGGGACAGACUCUACAAAAGCGUUUGUGACAAACUGGCUGGCCGAAUAUAAGGAGACCUGGAAAGCCUUCAGACAUACCCCUGAAACGUUUAUUGAGAAAGUUAUUGCGAAUUAUGAUGAUACACUUCUAAAGCUGACGCUUAACAAACUGGAAUGGGCGGACUUAGAAUUCUGCAGAUGGCUUCUGGCAUCUUACAAUAAAUCGAUUAAGGAAUAUAGAACCCCUCCUUUACUGAAGACAAAUUUUGUAACGGCAAAGAAAUUGCUAAAAUUAGUGAAGCGUGUUGCGUCAGGAAUAAAUAUCAAACAAGCAUUACACUACUGGGACCGUUGGUUGCCCGUUUUCGAACAAGACCAGACUUACUUGCAUUCAUUCAUUUUACAAGUUAUAGAGCCUAAUAUUAAGAAAGCAUUACGCGAUAAGAAACUGAGGACAAAACUAAACGUGGAAGAUUUAGAAAGCCAAUUAUCCACCCUACAAAAGGAGAUCAGUGAAAGGGGCAUUUGCAGCAGCGAGCUAGAGCUUUUUGAAGCGGACCUUACUCGCACUGUUUCUGCUGUAGAGCCUAAAAUCGAUCAGCUGAGAGAGAAGCGCACCAUUUCCGAAGACGUAAGCAGUGUCCUAGAGGACCUACAAACCCUCAAAAAAAGGAAACCGGUAUCAACUACUGAUGCUGUCAUAGAAGACUGGUCUCCUCACCCAAAUUGGGUUCCAAGACCGUUCGGCUGUCUAUAG